UCUGGGCAGCCGCGGCGCAAACAUCUGGGGCGGCCGCGGCGCAUCCCCCGGCGGGCGCAGCUGGAGGGUCCCGCGGCCGCGGGGCUCGCCCUGGCCGGCCGCGAAACUCCUUGGAGGGGGCGAGGGAAGGAGGAGUAAGAGGCUGCGAGGUAUUGCCUAGCAGUAAACCAUGGGCAAUUUCAAAGGGCAUGCCCUCCCUGGAAGCUUUUUCCUUCUUUUUGGCUUGUGGUGGUCAGUGAAGUAUCCACUGAAGUAUUCCUGUCGAAAAAACAAGAACGCUUGCUACCUUGGUUCCAGGGCAGGAUUUCAGCGCCUGGAGUUUGUUGAGGGGAUUAUCAAAGCUGUCUUUGCCCUGAUCGGAAUGGUGGCUGAGCAGUUUGUUCCUGAUGGACCUCAUCUGAAGCUGUACAAUUAUGAGGAAAAGCACUGGGAUCACCUCAUGAACUGGCAACAUGCCACCAUGUACCUCUUCUAUGGCAUUUCAGGGUUGGUUGACAUCGUGGCUCAUGGGACCAAUGCACUGCCAGUGGCCAUGGACAGGAUGAUGCUUUCCUUAGCAGUGUUUAUUGAAGGUUUUCUCUUUUGCUACCAUCUUCAUGGGAGAGCCAUGCUGGAUGUUCAUGUUCAUCAGUUACUGCUGUUUGCUAUCUUUGGAGCUGCUGUUUGCAUAUUUCUGGAAGUUUUCUUCCGUGGCAGUAUUGUGCUAGAGAUGCUUCGUACAAGCCUCUGCAUAUUACAAGGCAGCUGGUUCUGGCAGAUUGGCUUUGUGCUUUAUCCCCCAAAUGGGAGCCCAGAGUGGAAUCAGAUGGAUCAUACCAAUAUGAUGUUCCUGACCAUGUGCUACUGCUGGCAUUAUGCUUUUGCUUUUCUUAUACUUGCAGUGAAUUAUACAAUUGUCAGUUGGGCAGUUCGUUCAAAGGUUAAACAGUCCCAGUCCAUGGAAAUGGGAUUACUGAAGACAUCUGAACGAGAUCAGGAAUCAGAAGAUGAAAUUUAGUAUGAAUAUGGCUUGACUAGUUUACCUGCUCUACCAUUAGGCUAACUGAUACCUCAUUUAUAGAUUUUUUUUGACAUCUUAUUCAUUCUUUACUACAACUUGCUAUGCAAAUAUCAUCCACGAGUACUGUCUACAUCUGCACAAUUACAUUUUUAUUUGUGGGGGGUAAGCUUGGUAUCGAUUUGUAGCAGUUGCACUAGUACCUUGCUUACCACGUGCUUCAAAGAAAACCAGACUAAUAUUAGACAGACUUGGACUGGAUAAGGUGGCAUGAUGAAGUCUGUGUGUUUGCCUCAUUAAUAGCAAAGCAAAAUGCUUUUCGGCUGCUGCCGAAUGGACCCAAGUUUCCAUAAUUUCCAUAAUAAGUUUCCAUAACAAGUUUCCAUAACACCCCAUAAGGGUGUUCAAGUAAGUGCAUUUGUUGCCCUGCAAAUAACUGUGCAUAAGUAACUGUGCAUAAAUAACUGUGCAGACCUGGAAGGAGUAGAACAAGAUGAAAAAUCAGAGUUUUGCAGCUGUCUUUUAUAACACCUCUGUGUCUCUGCUUGUGGCUUUAUGUUAAAAGAUGAUCUGUUGAAAAGCAGGGUGCUCUCCCCCACGCUCGAUGUUGUUUAGGAUGCGAUCCAACCUCAACAAAAGGGAAAUAACUGAUGUGGCAAAAGUCAUCAGAAAAUGAUGUUGUAUGUAAGCACACUGUCUCUGAGGGGCAGACUUUUGAAUCAUCACUCUGGCUCUAAAUAUGUCUUUCAAAAGACUGCCAAGGGCAGUCUUUUGUGGUACAGCAGCACCUACACUCUCUUUUACAGAAGAGUGGGCAUGGGACGCACGCUGGUGGCCAGAGGCCAUUUUACACAUCCAUCAGUGGUAAGGUGGUCAUGGUAAGGUGGUCAUUCUGGAAAACAGCCCCUUCCCUUUAAAACUCCUUCUAAAGAUAUUAUUUUAUUAUUAUUUUCAGAAACAGGCUAAUGCAGGACAGCAAAUUCUGUUCAAAUAGUGCCAGUUCAUCAGGUCUGGUGCUGUGGAAGUGUGUUUCUUCAAUUAUUCAAAUAUUUCCAGAUGUUCCUAAGGGAAUUCAGAGCUGGACUCUGGUAGAUGAUGAUCUGAUCUCUCCACUUCUGAGUUUCCUUUAAAUUUUUCCAGUGUGAACCAGAAAAAUUAGUAGCAUAAAAUUACUAAUUGCAGUAAGCAGGUUGCUUAAUUUAGGUAAUAAUAUAGUUUGUAGCU